UCCCAGUCGGGAGGUGAGGCCCGGGGAGUGGCCAGGAGCGGGGACGUGCCCGGUGCUGCCCAGUCUUUGUCUGCUGCCUCCGGAUGCACAGCGAUGGGGGAAUGGACCAUCUUGGAGAGGCUGCUGGAAGCCGCGGUGCAGCAGCACUCCACUAUGAUCGGGAGGAUCCUGUUGACUGUGGUGGUGAUCUUCCGGAUCCUCAUUGUGGCCAUCGUCGGGGAGACGGUGUACGACGAUGAACAGACCAUGUUUGUGUGCAACACCCUGCAGCCCGGCUGUAACCAGGCCUGCUAUGACCGCGCCUUCCCCAUCUCCCACAUACGUUACUGGGUCUUCCAGAUCAUAAUGGUGUGUACCCCCAGUCUCUGCUUCAUCACUUACUCUGUGCACCAGUCUGCCAAGCAGCGAGAACGCCGCUACUCUACUGUCUUCCUAGCCCUGGACAGAGAUCCCCCUGAGUCCAUGGGGGGUCCUGGAGGACCUGGGGGUGGGAGCAGUGGUGUUGGCAAACGAGAAGAUAAGAAGCUGCAAAGUGCCAUUGUCAAUGGGGUGCUGCAGAACACAGAGAACACAAGCAAGGAGACGGAGCCAGAUUGUUUAGAGGUUAAGGAGCUGACUCCACACCCAUCGGGGUUGCGCACUGCAGCACGAUCCAAGCUCCGAAGGCAGGAAGGCAUCUCCCGCUUCUACAUUAUCCAAGUGGUGUUCCGGAAUGCCCUGGAGAUUGGGUUUCUGGUGGGCCAAUACUUUCUCUAUGGCUUCAGCGUCCCAGGGUUGUAUGAGUGUGACCGCUACCCCUGCAUCAAGGAGGUGGAAUGUUAUGUGUCCCGGCCUACUGAGAAGACUGUCUUUCUAGUGUUCAUGUUUGCUGUGAGUGGCAUCUGUGUUGUGCUGAACCUGGCUGAACUCAACCACCUGGGAUGGCGCAAGAUCAAGCUGGCCGUGCGAGGGGCCCAGGCCAAGAGGAAGUCAGUCUAUGAGAUCCGCAACAAGGACCUGCCCCGGGUCAGUGUUCCCAAUUUUGGCAGGACUCAGUCCAGCGACUCUGCCUAUGUGUGAAAGGGCAGGUUUUGGAAAGGCCCUGGGGGAUGACAAGUAGCCCCAAGGCAGGCGACUAUGGAGAGUGGCUCUAUCUGCCCUCAUUUAUGUGGCUGUCAUCACUGAGAUGUAGAAUAAGGCUGGUUAAGAGAAGAUCUUGCCUCAGUG